UCCUCCUUCUUCUUCGCAGCAGCAGCCCCUCGCGCACCAGAGACCAGAGACACACAGAGAGAAGAAGCAGAAGAAGAAGAAGGAGAGAGAGCGAGAGAGAGAGAGAGUGUGUGAGAGAGAGAGAAGGAGCAGUAAAACGACCAUGGCACCAUUCAGAGCGUCUCCCGUUGAGCUCUCCGAUCACCACAGCAGCACCGCAUCUCUGGCGUCCACUCGGGCAUGGGGCACUGGCAUCGCAGCGCAGGGGGUCCAGAGGAGUGACGCUGUGACACCUGGGCUGUGGACAAAAUGAGGGUCCGCAUCUUCAUCCACCACGCCGGUUCCGUCGCUGCUUUUCUCGGGAGGCGAUGACGCUGAGGGUUUGGCCUUUUAGUUGUGAGUUAAUAUGUGAUCGGUCGGCGGCGUUUAGAGCGACAGACGUGAACGUGAACGACCAAUGAAAGCACGACAGACUACGAGAUGACGCCAGACCACUAACUGAGUUCUAUAGCACGGAUCGUUCUUUUUUGUUAGUUUAUUGUACUUAUUAUAGAGCUGUUAAAGGCUCUCUAUCGUCCGCAUACAUAAUACACCUAUAUAUAUUUUUUUAGAAAGUGAAAGUUGAGGAGUCGACAUGCGGUGUCUUAUUCUGAGGACGUGUGAGUCUACACUAUAGUCGUAGACCCUGUAGGACUAUGAGUUAUGUUAUUAUAUACCAGGAUGAUAGUGCCCGUCUGAUGGCUAUUCGCAGUUAAUCUGACAGUAGACUGGCUAUACAAGGCUAUUGUUAAGUAAACGUUUGGAAACAAUGUUUGUACUCCAAGUAUGACAGAACCCAAAUGAUCUUCCAAGACAAUCUGGAAAUAAUACUUUCCACUAAUAUAUUAUCUAGUACGCAUUAUUCUUUUGUAUUUAUUUAUUUAUUAAAACUAUCACUAGGCCUAUAAGUAUUAUAUUAUCGUUAAGAAAAACUAGUUAGUUCGAGCGAGUUUGACCAGUGGGAUGUUAGAGUGAAUAAGUCCCCUUAUCGAGAUGGAUACCGCGUGUAUAGCGGCCCAGCGGGGGUUAUCCCGGCCCGGGGCCAGAGCCUCCACGGGCCAGCACAGAGGAGGAGGGGGCGAGCAACCUGUUGGCUCCGACCCCGCUGUAGAGAACACGGCUCACGACGACGGGAGGAGGAACUCUGGCGUGAAGAAGCACCACCACAAGCACAACCUGAAGCACCGCUACGAGCUGCUGGAGACGCUCGGCAGAGGCACGUAUGGCAAAGUGAGGAAAGCCAUCGAGCGCCACUCCGGCAGAGAGGUGGCCAUCAAGUCGAUCCGGAAGGAGAAGAUCAAGGACGAUCAGGACAUGGUGCACAUACGGCGAGAGAUCGAGAUCAUGUCAUCACUGCGCCACCCACACAUCAUCUCUAUAUACGAAGUGUUCGAAAACAAGGACAAGAUUGUGAUUGUGAUGGAGUACGCCAGCAAGGGAGAGCUGUACGACUACAUCAGCGAGCGCCGGCGUCUGGGCGAGCGAGAGACGCGACGCUUCUUCAGACAGAUAGUGUCCGCCGUGCACCACUGCCACAAGAAUGGAGUGGUCCACAGGGAUCUCAAACUGGAAAAUGUGCUACUGGAUGAAAACGGCAAUAUCAAGAUCGCAGACUUCGGGCUGUCCAACCUGUACCACAAGGACAAGCUGCUGCAGACCUUCUGCGGCAGUCCGCUCUACGCCUCGCCAGAGAUCGUCAACGGAAAACCUUACCGCGGGCCUGAGGUGGACAGCUGGGCUCUGGGGGUUCUGCUGUACACGUUGGUCUACGGCGCCAUGCCCUUUGAUGGCGGGAACCACAAGAACCUCAUCCGCCAGAUCAGCAACGGAGAAUACCGAGAGCCCACCCAGUCCUCCGACGCCCGGGGUCUGAUCCGAUGGAUGCUGAUGGUGAACCCCGACCGCCGGGCCACCGUGGAGGACAUCGCCAACCACUGGUGGGUCAACUGGGGCUGGAAGAACAGCGUGUGCGACUGCGAGACCCAGCACGACCACGGGAGCUCUCCCAUGCUGGCCCGCCUCAUCGACUGGCAGAACCGCUCCGAGAAGCCCGCCGCGGCCCCCCUGCCGCUGCGGCAGAGGCCCAAGAAGUCCAAGAAGGAGAACGUGGAGGACGACGAAGACAACAACGAAGACGACGACGCCGGCGGCGGCGGCGGCGGCGGUGGCGGCGGCGGCGGCAACGCUCCGGGCGGCGCCGGGCCGGAGGACAAGCCGGGCCUGAAGAGACCCAAGGGCAUCCUGAAGACCAGGCUCGCCGGGGAACCUCGCACACCCAGCCCCGAGCAGACGGAGCAGGGCCAGCCGGCGCUGCUGCUGCGCCCGUCGGCCAGCGGCCGAGGAGGGGCAGGGGAGGAAGGGUCCGGUCCCGAGCGCGAGGAGGAGGCUAUGGAGAACGCGGCGGGGGGCUCCCCGGCCAAGAUGGCGGCGCCCACCCUCCCCAAGAAAGGCAUCCUGAAGAACAACCAACAGCAGCGCGAGUCGGGCUACUACUCGUCCCCGGAGCGCAGCGAGUCCUCGGAGCUGCUGGGGGGCGCCGCCAUGUCGCUGCUCGCCAGCUCGCCGCCCAAACGAGCCAUGGGCCGCAAGGGCAUCCUGAAGCGCAACGGCAAGUACUCCACCUUCAGCGGGCCCCCGUCGGCGGCGGCCGUGGCGGCGGCGGCGGCGGCGGCCCUGUGCGAGGCCGGCACGGCGGCCGAGUCGGGCCUGUCCCGCAGCCAGAGCCGGCCCUCCAGCAUCGUGGGGGAGGACGGCUCGGCGCUCUCCCUGUCCCCCAGCGCCCUCGGCGGGGCCGAGUGGCCCCCCUCCGGCGGCUCCGCCCGGCUGCGCCCCAACAUCAGGGCCUGCGUGUCGGCCGAGAACCUGCUGCAGCUGGCCAACUUCCAGGGGUUCCAGGCCGCGCCGCCGCUCCUCCUCCAGGGGUCCAAGGGCUUCGGGCGGCGGGGGUCCCGCGGGAAGCCCGGGUCGCCGGGGGACAACGGCAGCUUCUCCCUGCUCGGGGACCUUGAGGACAUGACUCAGGUGUAUCAGCAGGCCCUGGACAUCAGCUGCAGCACCCACACCUGACCGCUGGGUGGCAUGCAAGACAGUGUGUGUGUGUGCGUGCGUGCGUGUGUGUGUGUGUGUUUUUGUGAGUGUGUGUGUGUGUCAGCUUGUGUGCGUGUUUGCGUGCGUGUGUGUGUGUGUGUGUGUGUGUAUGUGUGCUCACUGGCGUGCGUGCCUCUGUGUGUGUGUGUGAUUGUGUGUUGGUCCUGUGCGAUGUGAACGUUUACAUAGGUGGUAUUGACGACCAGUGUGUUGCUGGGAUACACCUUUUUUUGGGGGGGGGGGGAAGGUUUCCAACGAGAGUCAGGAAAUCUGGAUCAGAACGACGUGUAAACAACACAGGAACGCACACACACACACACACACACACAUGCACGCGAAUGCACUUCUCUGGCCAGAGGAAAUUCAGUUAGCAUGUAUUUGAGAAUAUGAGAUGGAAGUUAGAUAAGUAGCUGGCAAGAGAGAAUGCCACCCAGUGUGUCUUUUGUCGGCCCACCCAUAGACUUUGCUGUGUUCAAAUGUUUACAUAUUCAGCAGAAAGGCAAGUUAGAAUCACAAACGCAUGGAGCAGAAAUCGGUUGCCUUUUCUGGCUGAACCGCAACCUUUUUUUAGUUUGAGUUUACAACAGCACCUUAAAACUCACAGAGAGCACACGCUUUUGUGAUCUUUACUUCCUGUAUCUUUUGUUUUGUUUGUUUUUUUGUUAACAAACCAGGGUCUUGCUCCAAAAUAACUGUUGAUGUUAAUUAUUUAUUAAUAGUUGUGUGUAGCUUUUAGUUUUUGAACGCCAAACUGGUGGAUGUGGCUGUUUUACUGGAAGAGUCUGAAGCUCAUGGAGGGAACCGACAUAUAUAAUUCUGUUACUAAGUGAUGGGGAAGCAUAACUAUAUGUAUAAUCAGCAUAUUAAACUACGGCUGCGUAUGUAACACACGCAGCCCGAGUGUAUCUUCAUUUAAACGCAUAUGUCGUAUAUAUGUGUACGAUACUUGAGGAUAUGUAGUGCCUUGUUUUUAUUUUUAUUUUUCAAUCAUAUAAUGAGAUUAUAUUAUGUCGUUCCCGGGAGUGCAGAGGAAAGCCAUGCCACCAGUGAGGCCAUGUUAUUGUUUUGAUUUAGUUUGGGAAUGUGGAGAGAACCAGGACCUUUAACACAUGGUCGACCAGCCAUCUUUUAUUACUGUGGAAUGAGGGAAAAAAAGGGAGGGGGUCAAGGGUGACUCUGAUGAAAGCGAUUCAUCUUAUUCUCCUUCUCCUCCAGGCCACAGGUAAAACAAUACACACGCAAACACGCACACACACACAGACUUGAUUACAAACAGACUAGCACGGCAGACUCUUAAAAUAGCCCAGUCUGUGUUCCAUGACAACAUGGAUCAUUGUGUCCCCACUUCAGGAGACGUGGUUGGAAGGACACGCAGUCUUCCGCAGCUCACCUAAACGAGACAAGAGGGAUCUUUAGUCACACGGGAUGGCCCACAAUGCAUCACUCACAGAACUGGAAUGUUCCUGGCAAACAAACACACCGCUGGGGGUCCUUUUUUUUUAUAUUUGUUUUUAUAAAUAACCUCACAACACAUUUCUGGUGAGCGACCGAGCGUUAAACCCUAAACCCGGACAGACCCCCAGCAGACCAAAGGUGUCGAAGGUGUGUUUUCUGACCCCCUCUGGCGUUUGGUUAAUGUCUCACCGGAUCCCGCGCCACCCCUCUCUGUGUCAGGCACCUGGGGAGGUGCGUUUGUUUCUCCAGACGCUGAUGACACAGCGCAUUCCACAGACAAUGGCUGCUGCCGUCGCAGACGUGCCCGUGCUAGCGAUCUUAUCAGCAGCCCAGACAGGGCUUCUUUGGCUCAGGUGGGACCUGCAGUCUGCCCCCCCCCCCCCCCCUCACAAACACACCCAGCCCCAAGCCCCCCAGCUGUGUAUACUGGGGUCGUUACGUCGAGCCAGCACAAUUAGCCAGCUAUUGUUUUUAUUUGAUGGCGAGAGAGCUAGAGAGAGAGAUGGGGAGAGAGAGUUAGCGUUGAGUUGAGUUAGAGGGUUCAGAUGAAGUGAUUUGUGAAGAGUGAGACAGAGAAGAAGAAGAAGAAGAAGAAGAAGAGGGAAAGAGGAAGAGUGAGUGGAUUGGCGACGAGAAGUGGCGAUGAGAUUGGAGAAGGCUUUCCGGUUAGAAUUUUCUUUGGGGAGAUUUGAAUUUUUCGAUGGCCUCUUGAGGGAGUGUGUCCAAAAACGAAUAAACCGGAAAGCGAGAAGGAAAGGAUUACUGAAAGUGAAAAUGGUUAUGGAGACUUGUGAAAGGAAAGGAAGUAGGUAAAGAGAAGGUUGAUGGGAAGUUACAGUAAAUUGAGAAGUAAGCUAUUCAAAUGAUUCAGGGGAGGUCAGAGAGUAGUCAAGCAGCAUCUUUUUUCCAACAGGAUUCCCCCCAUUAAUGAAUGAAGUCGCUCAUACUUCAUCUCAAAGUUUAUUAUUUCAAUAUAUACUACGAUUUUUUUUUAACUUAUUUUUGAGCGGGGGGGGUUGACUGAGUUGUUUUGCAGUGGAAACGCUUCAGGCUGUUGAUACAGCUUGUCUAAAGGGUCAACCUGGUUGUGUGUGUGUGUGAGUGUGUGUUCUGUAAGGCCAUACGUCACAAAACCUCUGCCUUCCUCAGCCACAGCAGUAAGAAAUGGGAGGUUUAAUGGGUGACAUCAUCCAGCAUUAGCAUUAGAUGAUGUUGUUGGGAAAUUAUGCAGAAAAAAAAAAGACCCCUUGAAAAAAUACAAGAAAUCGUGUGUGUGGAAUGUUUUCAGUGGUCGGUCUGUGUUGGGAAAAGGUCCUGGGUAUUGAUUCAUAUGGAAGACUUGUAGCGUUUGGUCCUGGAUUUGUAUUGUCAACUGGAUUUACAGUGAUGAAAUUAUACUAUGUUAGUAUUUUUGUUUUAUUACGCUUCUGUUUUAUGAUUCUACAAAAUAUAAGAAACUUUUAUAUUGCGCUAUGUUAUGGUAGGACUUGUAUUCUUCCUUUGAAUUUGGCAAAAGAUAUGCAUAAAUCUCAAAUCAGUGUUUGUGUGUUGAGUGUUGCCCGCCUGUUUUGGGUAAACCCAUAGGGUCAGAUAAGCUCUCAUAUUGAAUGAUACACAAACGGCAAAACUGUACCAAAGUGAUUGGAAUAGAGGUAACCUCAAAGUAUGUAGCUCCAUCUGGCUAAAUAGCUAACACCAAAGAAGAAGUAUUGUCAUCUACCGAAGUUGCGGAGUGCCAUAAUGCUGGGAAACAGAGGACAGUACGAUUUGACAAAGUAUUUUGCUGCCGAACUGGAAAAAUGACUGACUUAUCUCCGUUGGUUCACUGACUAAUCAUAGGAAAACUUGACUGGAUCUUUUUGUUUUGUUAUGACAAUAAUAAUAAAUUGGUAUUAUUUUGUUAUUUAAGUGCUUUUGUUUGGUUCAGGCUCAGUACUAUUCACUUUUGGUUCUGUACUGGUGUCUGAGAGUGAUUCCAGACGGCCAAGGUUGAAAAUGAUCAGUGCCUUCGCUAUCUUCUAUGAUUUUGUUUUUAUAAUGAAAAAAAUAUUAUCAUUUUGUUUUUUUAUAUAUUUAUUGCUGAUCAAGCCAUUCAAAAAAAUACAACUAAUUCAAAAGAACUCCAUAUCUAUGGGUUGGCUUCGUUUGGACUGUAUGAGCCUCCAUAACUGUACACAGUCAGAAUUAUUCAGUCGUCACUGACAUCAGGCAUACAAGUUGGUGUCCAUUGGAAAGCGAUGGUCAUUGCGUGUUGUUUUACCGAAACCAAAGUGUUAGAUUCAGCAAAUCCUGUAAAAUGUCUUAAUUCAUCCAUCGGGGUGUUUCUCCACUCAGCAUCGUGCCUCUGUAAAGUACGUAAACAACUUCAAUAAAAGGAUAAUGAGAAGCUGUGUGUUCUGUCCAUGUUGUGUGCGAGUGGGUGGGUCUGUUCCUUUUAACUAGCGGGAAAAGCUAAAAACGAGUGCAAAAAUAAGACAAUAGGGUGUGUUUCCUGUGAGAGAAAGUGUGAAACUGGCCAAUAAGACAAAGAUUACUGCGUGCACAAGGAGACGUUUUAAAAUAAAUAGCAGACCUUUGAUUGGCCUCUAAAAAACAGCUUCUGCUAAUGAUUACAAAGUAAAAGCCCCCGCCCCC